AUGGCGACGGGCGAAGGAGGUGGUUCUUCGGGAAGUGGAGAAGAUAGUGGGAAGGAGGAGAAGGUUGUUGGUCGGCCCAAGUUUGAACAUUCUGGAUGGGUUUAUCAUUUGGGCACCCGUUCCGUUAAACGUGAAUCUUGUCAUCGCCGGUUUCUACAUAUUAAGGGAAAAUACGUUAUGAUGUAUAAGCGUGAUCCUGAUGAACACGCAGGCACUAAACCGACAAGGAGGGGUGUUGUUGGCCACACACUUGUGCUAGAGGAGCUAGGACGUCGGAGGGUCAAUGAUGAUGAUCUUUAUGUUUUGAAGUUCUCUAACCGAUUGGAUGAGGAGAAGAACGGAGAAAUUGCUUGUGCUACUGCCGGAGAAACCCGAAAAUGGAUGGAAGCAUUAGAACAAGCAAAGAAACAGGCUGAGUAUGAGCUUUCUCAAGGUUCUAAUACCAGAAAGAAAUUGAGCAUGGAGAACGAGAUUGAUCUUGAACGACAUGGCCAUCGCCGUAGGUUAAUGCGUUAUGCUAGUGGUGUAAAGAGGCUGAUGAGUACAAAACAUGGUCCAGAGUCACUUAUCCGUAGAUCAUUAAGCUUGGGAGUUAAUCGCAGGGCUGCUGACUUCUGUGAAGGGGAUGCUGCUGAUGUCGUUGAAGCAAAUGAGUGGAAAUGUAUCCGCACAGUCAAUGGUGCCAGAAUCUUUGAGGAUGUGUCUGGUUUUAAGGGCAGUCAAGGUGUCCUUGUGAAGGCUGUUGGUGUUGUGGAAUUGACUCCAGAUUCUGCCUUUGAGAUGAUAUUGAGCCUUGAUAGCCGUCAGAGAUAUGAGUGGGAUACAUUGACAAGUGACCUGGAGCUAGUAGACUCUUUAAGUGGGAACUCUGAUGUUGUUUAUGGCACUUACGAUCCUAGAUACUUAACUAGGUGGAAGUGUAAGCGUGAUUUCAUAUUCUCCAGGCAAUGGUUUCGUGGACAAGAUGGAGGAUACACAAUCUUGCAGUUUCCUGCAGUACAUAAGAAGAAACCUCCAAGAUCAGGAUAUAGACGAACAAAAGUUAACCCAUCCACUUGGGAGAUCAGGAUCUUAAACACAUCUGUGCCAGCAAAUGCUGGUAGGUGUCUCAUAACACAUAUGUUAGAGGUACAUUCUAAAGGCUGGUCUAAAUGGAAGAGUAAUCAAUCCUUAAAGUUUGAAAAGACGAUUCCCUAUGCCUUGUUGCACCAAGUAUCAGGUUUAAAGGUGUACAUUGGCACAAGGUAUGCACCCAAGUUGGAAUCAUCCACCACAUUGCAUAAGGAUGUGUCUUCAUCCGUUAAUGAAUAUGAGGACGAUGAAGUUGCUGAUCAGUUUUAUGAUGCAAUUUCUGCUUAUUCAUCAGAAGAUGAUGAUAGUGAUUAUGAAGUCCCAGAUGACAGCAAGAGCCAGAAUAUGAAGCUGCGGACGAUUGCCAGCUGCUUGGAUUGCAAUAAGAACCGAGCUCCGUAUGCAAAUGAUGAAUUAGAUCCAACUGCAUGUCCAAUUAAUCUUGAUUAUAGCCACUUUCCUGGUACAAUGCGUAAAUGGAAGAGUGAGACUGAUGUCGAUUGUUGGACAUCUCCAAGUGGUAAAGAAUUUAUGAUCAGAGGAAAGACAUACUUGCAAAAUAGUGCUAAGGUACCCGGAGGGGAUCCUCUUUUGAAGCUUAUAGCAGUUGACUGGUUCAAAGUUGACAAUCCCGUAAGUGAGGUGGCUUUGAAUCCCAGAUGCCUUGUGCAGUCAGAUGCCGGGAAAAAACUUCCAUUUGUUUUUGUAAUGAAUCUUCAGGUGCCUGCUAAACCAAACUACAGCCUAGUUCUCUACUUCGCUGCAGAUACACCAGUAGUCAAGAACUCCUUGCUGGGAAGAUUCAUUGAUGAAUCCGACAGUUUCCGUUUAUCAAGAUUCAAACUGAUCCCGAGUAUCGUGGAGGGGUAUUGGAUGGUCAAGCAUGCAGUCGGAACAAAAGCUUGCCUGUUGGGAAAAGCUUUAACAUGCAGCUAUCUAAGACGAGACAACUUUUUGGAGGUUGAUGUGGAUGUUGGUUCCUCAUCUGUUGCAAGGAGUGUUAUUGGUAUCGUUCUUGGAUAUGUAACAAACAUCGUUGUUGAUCUUGCCAUCUUAAUAGAGGCCAAGGAACAAGAAGAACUUCCAGAGUACAUUCUUGGAACUGUUCGACUAAAUAGAGUAAGGCUGGAGUCUGCUGUUCCUCUUGAAAGGUAAGGCCAACUCCAUAGAUUCCCAGAAUGCAAGAUCAAAGGCUUCCAAAUUGUCCACAUAACUCUAUAACAAGAUCAAAGGCUUCAUCUUGUUAGUCCUAAUAUAAUUAAUCCAGUGUCUUAAUGAUACAUGUGUUCAUAUAUUUAUGGGUUAGUUUCUUAAAGAUGAUGUUUCUUU